AUUUUUACACAGUUCACAUGCUCACAAAAUGCAGAUUGCCUCAGAUAUAUAAGGACCCAACUGAACCAGCAAUACAAAUAAAAUCAUGGAUCAAGCCUAUAUGGGCAUGGAGGACGUAUCAGGUAGCAACGUAAAGUUGAGAAGGCUGGUAGAAACUUCAGAAGACAAUUCUAUCGAUGAUGAAGUGAGUCAAACUGUGCAAUGUGAAACGACUGGACUUGGACUCCCAGGUUCUGAAUUUGUAAAGAAGAGUUACUGCAGGGCUGCUGUGAUUCUUCUGGGUCUGCUGUGUCUUUUCCUCCUGAUUGGACUCAUAAUUGUGUUUUUUCUCUUCUCCCAAGGCAAAUCUCCUGGUGAAAUGGACACAGUGUUGCUACACAGGCUUUACAACAACGUGACCUGCGAGAGAAACCAGUUACUGACCAGUUACAACAACCUGAAAACUGAAAAGGACCAAUUACUGACCAGUUACAACAACCUGACAACCGAACGAGAACAGUUACUGACCAGUUACAACAACCUGAAAACUGAAAAGGACCAAUUGCUGACCAGUUACAACAACCUGACAACCGAACGAGAACAGUUACUGACCAGUUACAACAACCUGAAAACUGAAAAGGACCAAUUGCUGACCAGUUACAACAACCUGACAACCGAACGAGAACAGUUACUGACCAGUUACAACAACCUGAAAACUGAAAAGGACCAAUUGCUGACCAGUUACAACAACCUGACAACCGAACGAGAACAGUUACUGACCAGUUACAACAACCUGAAAACUGAAAAGGACCAAUUACUGACCAGUUACAACAACCUGACAACCGAACGAGAACAGUUACUGACCAGUUACAACAACCGGAAAACUGAAAAGGACCAAUUACUGACCAGUUACAACAACCUGACAACAGAACGAGAACAGUUACUGACCAGUUACAACAACCUGAAAACUGAAAAGAACCAAUUACUGACCAGUUACAACAACCUGACAACCGAACGAGAACAGUUACUGACCAGUUACAACAACCUGAAAACUGAAAAGGACCAAUUGCUGACCAGUUACAACAACCUGACAACCGAACGAGAACAGUUACUGACCAGUUACAACAACCUGAAAACUGAAAAGGACCAAUUGCUGACCAGUUACAACAACCUGACAACCGAACGAGAACAGUUACUGACCAGUUACAACAACCUGAAAACUGAAAAGGACCAAUUGCUGACCAGUUACAACAACUUGAAAACCGAACGAGAACAGUUACUGACCAGUUACAACAACUUGAAAACUGAAAAGAACCAAUUGCUGACCAGUUACAACAACAAAGUUAAAGAGAGAGACCAGCUCCAGACAAGAUUUGAAGACAUGACCAAAAAUAGAGACAAUCUUCAGAGAAAGCUUCAAGAUUGUCGAGAAAACUGGGUGGCCUUCAGUAAUAGUUUGUAUCUAGUGUCUUCGGUGAGGAAAUCCUGGGAAGAAAGCAGACAAGACUGUCUUCAAAAAGGUGCAGACCUGAUGAUUAUCAAAAGCCGAGAACAACAGAAUUUUGCUAACCAGUUCAAGAAGUCUUUGUGGAUUGGACUGACUGACUCUGAGACAGACGGGACAUGGAAAUGGGUGGAUGGGACUCGCAUGACCACAAGCUACUGGAAAAGUGGGGAACCAAAUGGUGGCAGAAUUGAAAACUGUGGAGAAAUAAGAUUUUACAACUCAGAAAACAGCUGGAAUGAUGCACCAUGUUCCAUUGAAAAAUUCUGGAUAUGUGAGAAGAGAGUUUCUCCAUAAAUUAACAUCCAUGCCCAACAAAUAGUGCAGAACACAGAGCCAUGAGAUGAACUCCCGAAAUGAACCUGAACAGAAAACAGUGGACACUUAGGCUAUGUCCACACAUACACGGGUAUUUUUGAAAACGCAGCUUUUUCUAUGCGUUUGGGCCUUUUGUCCACUGAAAACUGAGAUUUUUAAAAACUCCUGCCAGGGUGGAGAUUAUCGAAAACUCAGUUUUUGCAUUUACAUGUGGACGAGCAAAAUGGAGAUUUAGCCACGCAACGUCAAAGGUGUGCGCCUUUUUUAACGUCAGAUCUGCAGUUUUUACACGCUUACAUAAACACACGCCGUUACUUUCCCUCCAUUUAGAAAAACAGAGGCGUCAGAGUGAACUUCGGAUGUGGCUUUUACAUUCAACACAGACGCUCUCACAACCUAAGUAUAAUAUUGAGGAAUAAUUCCACCUCACUGUCUGUCCACACAUAGGACUCAUUUCUCCUUCUAUGCACCAUCUUUGUUUACGCUUUCCCUCCCAAGGUUCUAGACUUCUGAUUGGCCAACAUUUCUACACAGGUAGGAUUAUAUCACGGAGAUAUUUUACAAAAAUGCACGCGUGGAUGAGAUUUUUUUUUAAAAAACGAAAACGGAAAAUCUCCACUUACAAAAAUACCCGUGUACGUGUGGACAUAGUCUUAGAUGGAAACAAGUUUAAAGGGUUUUUGCUUUGCUUUCUAAGUCAAGAAUGUCUUUUGUUACUAUAUCCACGAUCUUUGACAAUUUUAAGACCCGUUAGAUUAAAAAACUUGCUCAACAAUCCCAUGCUCAAAAAUUCUCAUCUUAUAGAAAAAUAUUCUGUUAUCAUAAACUUUCCAUCUGUAUUUACAAUUUAAUCAUUAAAAUGUUGACAAUUUGGACUUGUUUUA